AUGGGGAACUGCGCCAUCACGCACCAGGCCACGUCGUGGGCGGACGACGGCGAGUGGGAGCUGCCGUCGCCGGGCGACGACGAGGCGCACGAGGAGCGGAGGAAGGAGCACGCCAGCGAGGUGACCAUCCGGAUCAGCAAGCGCCAGCUGCAGGAGCUGGUGGACAAGAGGGCCGACGACGGCGUCUGGAAGGGCCGGCGGUCGGCGUCGGAGCUUCUGGCGGACAUCAUGAACGCCGGGGAGGUGCACCACCACGUCGACCACUGCAGGGCGGCGCACUGGAAGCCCGCCCUCCAGAGCAUCCCGGAGGCGGUGGAGUCGUGA